AUGAGGACUGUUCGUAUUCAUGUCAAGUCUGUUUUAAAGCUCAUUGUCUUCCUUGGAUGCUUCGGUGGAAUAAUGUUUGCCAUGUGGCCCAAGACCACCGAAGAGUUUAUCCGAGAGACGGAAAGCUCUUACAAUGAUCUCAAAAAACGCGCCAUGGACUCUAUCGCAUCUGUUGGUGGUAAGCUUCGACUUGAAGAUAUUGACCCAGCCUUGGCGGAGGGUUUCCCAAAAUUGACGAAAGAUGAGAUUGGCAAUUACGAGCCGAAGGAUUGGAAGGUCCCUGCGGGUCCGGGUGAAGGUGGACUUGAGCCAGUCAAGCUGGAUAACUCGCCGGAGAUGGAGAAGAAACAGAAAGAUGCUAUCAACGAAUUCGGCUUCAAUAUGGUGGCAUCGGAUGCUGUCUCACUCGAUCGCUAUCCAGCUGAUUUGCGUCACGAAGAAUGCAAACACUACCAAUACCCAGAAAAACUCCCAGCAUCAUCGGUCAUUUUCGUCUUUCACAACGAGGGCUGGUCUACUCUAGUACGAAGUAUUCACUCGGUCGUAAAUUUUUCGCCUCCAGAGCUUCUCGAAGAAGUUGUGCUGAUUGACGAUGGCUCGACGAAGGAACAUAUUACCGGAGGUCGACUUGAGGAGCAUAUCAAACAGUGGAAUGGACUUGUCAAGCUUUACCGAAACGAGCGUAGAGAAGGUCUGAUUCGAGCUCGAUCUAUCGGAGCGAAGAAAGCUGUCGGCUCAGUUCUAGUCUAUCUCGAUGCACACUGUGAAGUUCAGCCGAACUGGCUUGUUCCCCUUGUUGAGCCAAUGGUCCACGACUAUCGAAUUUGCACUGUUCCUAUGGUGGAUGCUAUCGAUGGUUCAACAUAUGUCUUCUCACCACAAGCGGGAGGAGAUGAGAAUAAUUUUGCUAGAGGAGCUUGGGAUUGGGACUUGCUGUGGAAGAGAAUUCCUUUGAACGAUCGAGAGAGGGCUCGACAAGAGCAUACUACAUCGCCUUACCGAUCGCCCGCCAUGGCUGGUGGUCUUUUUGCAAUUUCCCGAAAGUUCUUCUUUGAACUUGGUUUGUACGAUCAAGGACUCGAUAUUUGGGGAGGAGAAAACUUUGAAAUUUCAUACAAAAUCUGGAUGUGUCACGGACAGAUGCUUUUUGUUCCAUGUUCCAGAGUUGGACAUAUUUACAGAAUGAAGGGAUGGAGGGGCAAUGGUACUCCAUCUUAUGUCAAAGGAAAUUUCGUCGAUCGAAACUACGUUCGAGUGGUGGAAGUCUGGUGGGAUGACUACGCUAAAUACUUUUAUGAGCGAAAACCUAAUGCUAAACAUGUUGAUCCUGGAGAUCUCACUGAAGUUAAAGCGGUACGAGAACGGCUUCAGUGCAAAUCCUUCGAUUGGUUCAUGAAAGAGAUCGGCUACGACUUACCAAAAUAUUUCCCUCUUGUUGAACCCGGAAAUGGAGCUCGCGGACAUAUCACAAACGUUGGUACGAAUCUAUGCGUCGAUGGACAUCACGCUGGUCAAGGAGAUCAGCUUUCACUCUCCGAAUGUAACGCAGUCAAGGAAGGUCAAUGGAUGCUCACCUGGCAUGAAGAUAUCCGACCUCUUAGCGGAUCAAAUGUCGAAAAUAAAAAAGCCUCUGACGCGCGAAAACAAUGCUGGGACGGCACUGGAAUCGGAAAUCCAAUUGGUUUUUGGGAGUGCCACACACAAGGUGGCAACCAGCUCUUCAAAUAUCUCCCCGACAAGAAGCAAUUCAUCCACGCGCCUUCCAGAGCUUGCGCUACGGCCGAUCCGGACAAGAAAAAGGUCUAUCUCAAAGCUUGUGAUGAUGGCAACGACAGGCAAAAAUGGUGGUGGGAUAGACAGGACGACGCUGUUCUUGCUCGACAAAAUAAAGACAUGCAAAAUCACAUCGAUCCUCCAGAGUUGGAUUAUCUUUCGUAA